UGUAAAUUCAAUUCAGAAAUGAGGAGAAGCAGCGGUGUUAAAAAGCAUAGAUUCAGCCGCUUUAACUUCAAUUUCUUCAUUUUUUAGAAAGUAUUUUAGAAAGUAGUGCCGCUUUAACUUCAAUUUUAGAAAGUAGCCAUUUCGGUUUCAUAAAGUACGCGUGGUGAUAUCCCGGAUGGAGCGCGUGGAACUAAAAAAUAAUGAUCCCAAAAUAGUAAAAAUGAUCACUUCACCUACCUAACAGUUACAUUGGAGACAAGUUCCACUCUCGUCAUUUGAGUCUGAGCGUUGGCUCGCUAUGCUAUUUAUAAGUGGCUAUGUCUUUAUCUGAUUAGAUAUUAUUUAUUUAGAGAAAGAAUAUUUAGUUAUCUGUGUGAUGAAUGAAUUAAUUAAUUAGUACUUGCACGCUAUCUUUUUCUCUGUAUCAUUCAUUCUUAUCUUGUUGUUAUUGCAGACUCUAUCGUAUUGGUCACGCAUCUGAGUUAUUUUCAAUCUGAAAUACAGUUACCAAAUUAUUCAUGGCGGAACUCAUAGUGCCUCGUUUGUACAGUUGCUGUAAUUGUAGAAACCAUGUUUCACUCCACGAUGAUAUCAUUUCAAAGGCUUUUCAGGGAAAAAACGGCCGAGCCUUUCUGUUUUCCCAUGCCAUGAAUGUUAUCACUGGGCCAAAGGAGGACAGGCAUCUCUUGACUGGCCUCCACACCGUUGCGGAUGUUUACUGCGGUGAUUGCCGAGAAGUUCUGGGUUGGAAAUACGAAAGAGCUUAUGAUGCUUCCCAGAAGUACAAAGAAGGAAAAUUCAUCCUUGAAAAGUCAAAAAUUGUUAAGGAUAACUGACAGAAAUUCCUUAGAGACAAACAAAGCUCCCAUUGGCUAUCAUGUUCAAUCAUCCAUCUGGCAAGGAAUCAAGCAACAUCUGAAAUUGAAUGAUGUUAAAGAGUUCCAUUUGGUAAAUAGGUAAUAGUAGAUCAAUCUAUUUAUGGACUGACAGAUUGGCAGUCAGUUGGUAUGGUAGAGAAGCUAAACAUUCCUGUUAACUUGGAUCAAUCUUUGAACGCCUUGGUUGCUGACCAGUGACCACGUUGUAAACGAAUUGGAAAAUCCAUGACUACUUCAUCCA